UGCAACGACGUCGUUCCUUGAUGUUUCCGCUGGUUUUGUUGUCUUCUUGUAUAUAUAGGGAAGGCUCAGUUGCUGCACGCCUCCUAAUUCCUUUUUGCUGACAAUGCAUUUGCUCGUCUUCUUCUUCUUCCUUCAGCUUCUUCCAUUAGCUAUUUCAGUUCAUUUCAAUAUACCUCGCUUCGGUCCUGAGUUAAGCAACCUCCUUUAUCAUGGCGAUGCAAAGCCUUCAUCUGGUGGUAUCGUUGAAUUAAUCAGCAAUUACGACUACACAUGCCGAGUUGGUUGGGCCAUCUAUGCCGAAAGGAUCAUGCUUUGGGACUCCACCACAGGAAAGCUUUCAGAUUUCACUUCCCAUUUCUCUUUCAACAUUGACACUCGAGGUCUUUCUCGAUACGGCCAUGGGCUAGCGUUCUUCCUUGGUCCGGUUGGAUUUGAAAUCCCACCCAAUUCCGCUGGUGGCUUUAUGGGCUUGUUUAACACCUCAACUAUGGAUUCGCCUCAGAGCCAAAUCGUUAUGGUGGAGUUCGAUUCAUUUCCGAAUCCUGAAUGGGAUCCCAAGCCUCUGGUUGAGCAUGUGGGGAUCAACAACAACUCUCUGAUUUCAGCUGUGCAUACUCCCUGGAAUGCUAGCUUUCACAGUGGAGAUACCGCCGAUGUAUGGGUUACUUACAAUGCUAAUACUAAAAAUCUGAGUGUGUUUUGGACUUACAAGAGAACCUCCAAUGCUCAAGAGAAUACUGGCUUGUUUUACAUAAUUGAUCUGAAGGAGGUUUUGCCGGAAUGGGUUAAUAUUGGAUUUUCAGCUGCUACAGGUCAAUUCGGAGAACGACACCAACUUCAAUCCUGGGAAUUCAAUUCUAGUUUGAAUUUCCAGGGAGAAAAUAGACAGAGUUCAAAGAGGACCAGAAUAAUAGUUGGUGUUGCAGUUUCAGUAUGCGUCCUAGCAGGUGGGGCAAUCGCCGGAAUCUUGAUUUCUUUCAGGAAGAGGACGAAGAAACAGAUGAUGGUGAGGAGAGAAGGACACACAAGGAACUUGACGUCAAUCAAUGAAGACCUUGAAAGAAGAGCUGGACCACGAAGAUUUUCUUACGAGUAUCUUGCUUCAGCUACAAAUAAUUUUUCGGAUGAAAGGACGCUGGGGAAAGGAGGAUUUGGUGCUGUUUACAAGGGAUACUUAAUCGACAUGGAUUUAGCAAUUGCUGUGAAGAAAAUUUCAAGAGGAUCUAGACAAGGUAAGAAGGAGUAUAUUACAGAAGUGAAAACCAUUGGCCAACUGAGACACCGGAAUCUGGUACAACUUUUGGGUUGGUGCCAUGACAGAGGCGAGUUUCUACUUGUUUACGAAUUUAUGCCAAAUGGUAGCCUAGACGCUCACCUCUUCGGCGAGAGGAGACCUCUUACAUGGGCUGUGAGGUACAAGAUUUCUCUUGGGUUGGCCUCAGCAUUGCUUUAUCUUCAUGAAGAGUGGGAGCAGUGUGUGGUUCACCGAGAUGUCAAAUCAAGCAAUGUAAUGCUAGACUCUAACUUUAAUGCCAAGCUGGGUGACUUUGGCCUAGCUCGGCUCACAGACCAUGAGGUUGGUCCUCAAACAACUGGAUUAGCAGGAACUCUAGGCUACUUGGCUCCUGAAUAUAUAAGCACAAGAAGAGCUAGUAAGGAAUCUGAUGUGUACAGCUUUGGAGUUGUUGCAUUAGAGAUUGCCAGUGGAAGAAGAGCAAUUGAUCACAGUGAUCAGGACCACGAAAUGAAUUUGGUAGAGUGGGUUUGGGAACUUUAUGGACAUGGGAACCUUCAAUUGGCUGCUGACAAGGAACUUCACAUGGAUUAUGAAGAGAGACAGGUGGAGUGUUUAAUGAUUAUUGGACUUUGGUGUGCUCAUCCUGAUCACAAUUUGAGGCCAUCAAUAAGACAAGCAAUUCAAGUUUUAAACUUUGAGGCUCCAUUGCCAAAGCUACCUGCUAAAAUGCCCGUGCCUACGUUUCGUGCACCGUCCCCAUCUGUGAGCAACGGUCAAUCAUUUACAACUAGUUCAAGCGGCCUAGGCUUGGGUGUCUGAACAUUUAUGGCUUCUUUAAUGUGUCCAAGUAAACCAACUCAAUAAACACUACAUGUUUAAGUUGAGAGAAAUUUUAUAAUAUAAAUGUUGUAUGCAUAAUGCUUGUAUUAUAGUUCAUAAUUAUGAUAUUUGGUAUAGUUUUCAUCA